UGUGCAAUGUGCAGUCUGGAAUUAAAUAUCAGUGUAUUUUUAUGACACUGUUAAGUCAGUAAUUUUGUCAUUCAUUUCAUGCUUAUCAUUUUUUAAAUUAUUCUGAAGAUGCUUUCAAUAAUUUUAAAUACAUUGAAAUUAUCAUCUUUACUUGAAUUCUUCAAAAUAAGGUUGAUUCUCUGAUAGACUUGAUGACACAAUAAAUGAUGAAGCCAGAAGAGAUAACUACUUAUGGCUCCUGGGUGAAAGACAGAGUCCUUGGAGUUGGAGGAUUCGGGGUUGUAACAUUGUGGAGAAAGCAAGAUGAAUACAUCGCUUUGAAAAAGUGUCGCUGGGAGAACGUGUCAUUCGACCAGGUGACCGCCAAACAACGAGAACGAUGGACACUGGAAGUGAGCAUAAUGAAGCGUCUCAGCCAUCCCAACGUAGUGAGCUUCGUGCAAUUGCCCGGCGACUUUGCGUCCAUGAAGUCCGAACUGCCAGUGCUUAGCAUGGAGUACUGCUCGCUCGGUGAUCUCAGACAAGUAAACUUACAAAAUUCACUUGAAAUAUAUUUACCUAACAUUGAUUAGCAGUCCAUUUACAAAAUACUUUUUUCUCCUCCCACUAUCCAAAGUUCUACUUAUCUUUUUUGCCCUAGAGUAGGGAGUGAAGGGGUCACUAGACUUGACCUAACUCCAUCUAAAAACAUGGGUAGUCUAUUGGUCUAUGUUUCUGAGCGCCUAUGUAGGAGGUAGAUAGGAAGGUCAGAUAAUAGACGAUAUUAAGUUUUUGUUUAUAAGUUUAGUGCAGAUGUAAGUUUUAGUGCAGACAAAAGCCAAAUAAUGUG